ACCUGAUCUCAUUGACUGGAGAUCACUAAAAACAAAUUCUCCUCGUAAGAACCUGGAACUGGCAUUUACAAUAAUGGAGAGGGAGUAUGGAGUAACGAGACUUCUAGAUCCAGAAGAUGUUGAUACUCCUGAGCCAGAUGAGAAAUCCCUCAUCACAUACAUCUCUUCCCUCUAUGAUGUGUUUUCUGAAAUUCCAACCCAUCACCCACUUGCUGAUGAUGAAAAGCAGAGAAAACUGGAGGAAUACAUAGAACUGGCUAGCAUAUUACACCUUUGGAUGCAGGAAAUGAUAAUGAAGCUACAAGAUCGAACCUUUAAAAAUACUCUGGUAGAGCUGAAAGCUCUACUAGCAGAAUGUAAUAGAUUCAGAACAGAAGAUAUUCCACCAAAACUUCAUGAUAAACAGAAAAUCUCCAGUCUACAUAGAGAGCUGCAGCAACUCUUCCAAGGAGAAAGUUCUUUACAUAUAGAACCAGAGUUGAAAAUUAACACAAUUGAGAGUAAUUGGAAUCAACUUAUGAUAGCACUUCAAGACAAAGACCAGGCAAUUCAUGAUGAAAUUAGCAG